AUGAAGAUACCUACCAGCUUCUAUCUUCUUCUUCUCUGCUCUUUCUCAUCAUUAGUCAUAUCUUUUAGCCAUUGUCCAGAUUGUGGUCGCACCCAUGUCCCAUUCCCACUUAGCACCAACCCUCAUUGUGGCGACCCAUCUUACAAGGUUCGAUGCCAUAAAGGUUCCCUCUGGUUCAACGCUCUCAAUGGUUCCUCCUACAUGAUCACCACCAUCAGCUCCCAAAGGCAGCGUUUCGUAAUCCGGCAGCCCGGUCUAGCCGGCCACCACACCUGCGUCUCCUCCGAUUUCCGAACCCAAGGCAUGUGGCUGGACCCAAACGGACCCUUCAACAUUACCUCCAGUAACACCCUCGUACUCAUGAACUGCUCCGAAGAGGUAUUGACUCUCUUGUGGAAUUGCUCUUCGUCAAGCAUCUGUCAUACUUAUGUUAAGGCCAGAGCUGCCAAGGCGUGCAGCGGCGAGAUAUGCUGCACCGUGAAGACUGGGGGGUCGGCGACGGAGUAUAGAAUUAGGGUGAGGAAAGAGCGUUGCGCGGCGUACGUGAGUUUCCCGAAUUUGGAUGAUUCAGCUCCGGUGAGUGAGUGGCCGGAGCCCGGGGUGGAGAUAGAAUGGGAGUUGCCGCAGGAGCCUGUGUGCAAGGUGCCGGCAGAUUGUGGUGGCUUGGCAAAUUCGGCAUGCUCGCCGUCGCCGGUUCCGGCUAUGGGUGGAGUGAGGAAGUGCUCGUGCAACUCUGGUUUUCAGUGGGAUCCUGUGAACGGAAUAUGUCAGAAUAUCAGGUGUGAACAGGGAAGAGGAUGCACGCGUCAUAGUAACAAGAAAGCUCUACUUAGCCGAGGCUUGGCAUUUGCUGCGGCUGCCAUGAUCACCGGAAUCCUGAUCGCUGCAAUGGUUUUUCGCUACCGGAGGCGGAAAGCAACCCAACUUAUGAGCGUAAACAGAGCACGUGACAUAUUGGACGCCGACAACAAUAGCGGAAGAUCAGCCAAGAUUUUCACCAUCAAAGAUGUCACAAAAGCCACCAACAACUUCUCGAAACACAACCUCCUCGGCUCCGGCGGCUUUGGCGAGGUUUUCAUGGGCACGCUGGCCGACGGCACUCUCACGGCCAUCAAGCGCGCCAAGCUCGGUAACUCCCGCGCCGUCGAGCAGAUCCUCAACGAGGUUCGAAUCCUCUGCCAAAUCAACCACCGCAGCCUCGUACGCCUCCUAGGUUGCUGCAUCGACCUCCACAACGAACCCCUCCUCGUGUACGAAUAUGUCCCCAACGGAACCCUCUACGACCACCUCCACAACACCAAUAAGUGGGCCCCACUCCGGUGGCAUCGACGGCUGAAAAUCGCCCAUCAAACAGCAGAAGGACUCUCCUACCUUCACAACUCAGCCAUACCCAGAAUCUUCCACAGAGACAUAAAGUCGAGCAACAUCCUCUUAGACCACAACCUUAACGCUAAAGUCUCAGACUUCGGACUUUCCAAGUUGGCUCUGAGCGAAGCGAGUCACAUCACAACGUGUGCGCAAGGCACAUUGGGAUAUCUUGACCCAGAGUACUACUUAAAUUUUCAGCUGACGGAUAAGAGCGAUGUGUACAGUUUUGGGGUGGUUCUGUUGGAGAUAUUGACGUCGAAGAAGGCUCUGGAUUUUGGGAGAGACGAGGAAGAUGUAAACUUGGUGGUGUUAGUGAAGAGGGCGAUGAAGAAUACGACGUUGAUGGAAGUGAUUGAUCCAAUGGUGAAGAUGGGAGCUAGUAAGUCGGAGUUGGAUAGUAUCAAAACUUUGGGGUGUCUUGCGAUUGCAUGUUUAGACGAACAGAGACAAAAUAGACCGUCCAUGAAAGAUGCUGCUGAUGAGAUUGAACACAUUCUUCAAACUCUUUCUUCUGAUACUGGCUUCAUGGUUGAAGCUUCCGACGAGUUUUUCUUACAGUGA